UUCGUUCGUCUUCUUUCUGCUCCAUAUACUCUCUAUCGCAUAGCAUAUUCCGCUGGAACUCUCCGGGCCCCGCCACACCGGUGGCUGUACCCAACAUGUUCGAGCUGCUGGCCUCCAGAGGCGUCUGGUAUGCCACAGCGGCCAUCGCAUCGAUAUGCGUAAUUCAAUUUUUUCGGAGACUACAUUUCCAGCGCAGUAUCAUGAAAGGCUUGCCGUCGCCGCCACAAAACUACUUCCUGGGCUCGCUCAUAUCCAUGGGAAAGGUUCUCGCCACCCAGCCGAGGGACGCCGCACCACAGACGUACAUGCAUUGUCUGAAGGAACAUUACAAGUUGGGAGACUUGAUCUAUUUCGACCCGUGGCCUUUAGGUCCGCCGUUGAUGGCCAUCUUCAACACCGAAAUGCUGAAUCAAGUUGUACUUGAGAACCAUUUUCCGAAGCAUCCACUUGUGAGAGAAUUCAUCUGGAAUUUCGGAGGCCCUGCAAAUCUGGUCAGCGAAGACGGAGCAGUCUGGAAACGAUGGAGGAGUGCAUUCAACCCAGGUUUCUCCUCCAGCCAUCUCAUGACUCAGGUGCCUGCAAUCGUCAAAGAAUGCGAAGUUUUCUGCGAUAUCAUGGCUCAGCACGCGAAGAACAACGAUCUCUUCCGCAUGGAACAAGCUACCACAAAACUCACAGUCAACGUCAUUGGCCGUAUCGUUCUUGACAUCGAUCUGAAUGCACAGCGCGGAGCAAACGUGCUAGUGGAUGCUUUCAAUUCGCAAGUCCGAUGGCAAGCCAAAGGAGCCCAAUUCCAGCCGAGUGAGCUAUGGGAUAUUCGGAGACCCAUCAUCCAAAGAUACAAUAACUACAAGAUGAACCAAUACGUCGGCGCCCGUCUUGACGAACGUUUCGCUGGCCGUCAGAGCAGAGGUCGCUCGAAGCAUGUCAUUGAUCUGGCACUGGAAACGUAUCUCAAGGAGAAGAAGGGCAGCGGCGCCAAUGUUGACGAAAUGAAAGAACUAGAUGCCGAAUUCAAGGAAGCGGCGAUCAGCAACGUCAAGACAAUGCUCUUCGCGGGACACGAUACCACAAGCUCUACCAUCUGCUACGCAUACUACUACCUCGCCAAAUCACCAGACUGUCUCGCCAAAAUCAAACAGGAACACGAAGAAGUCUUCGGUCCAGAUCCAAGCCAAGUCGCCGAAAAGAUCAUCGCAGAACCACAUCUACUCAACAAGCUCGAAUACACAUUAGCCGUAACGAAAGAGGUCCUGCGACUAGACAGUCCGGCCAGUACAAUCAGACUGGGCCGGCCUGGCUACACUCUUCACAACCCUGACACGGGAGAGAAUAUGCCGACUGAGAACUUCAUGAUCUGGCCUGUGAACGUAGGACUGCAUCGAAAUCCAAGGUACUGGCCUGAACCGGACAAAUUCGACCCUGACCGCUUCGUGCCCGGAUCGGCAGUCUACGCGCAGAAUAACAAGGAGGCUUGGGUACCUUUUAGCAAGGGCUCGAGAAAUUGCAUCGGCCAGGAACUCGCAAUCAUAGAGACCAAGAUUAUUCUGGCGAUGACUUUGCGGACAUUCGACUUCGAAGCAGCGUAUGACGAAGUAGGGAAACUGAAAGGCGACAGAAGUGGAUAUCCGAGCUCGACAACUGGCGUGCAGACACAGUUUGGCGAAAGGGCGUAUCAGAUCCAAUUGGGGACAGCAAAGCCUGCGGAAGGAAUGCCUUGUCGUCUAACUUUGCUCGAGCAGAAAUCGUAAAAAGGAGUGAGAAUCAUGUACAGAUAUUGGCGAAGACUGCUUGGAACGCAGCUCCCAAUCACAAAUCAUCAGGUCAAACCCUCAUUCAAACUGCCGCUCCGCAAGUGUAUGCCAAUCCAACUUCUGACUCUGCGUCUCAACCUCCGUCGACUUCGAAUGGAUGACGCCUAGUCAAUCUGCACAUC